GAAGAUGGAAACCAAAGCUCCUUGGGGGAAUUCAUCCUGCUAGGGGUGUCUGACCGGCCACGGUUGGAGCAGCUGCUCUUUGUGCUCAUUUUAAUCUCCUACACCAUGACCUUGCUUGGAAACACCACCAUCAUUGUGGUCUCAUGGCUAGACCCUCAUCUCCAAAAACCCAUGUAUUUCUUCCUCAGGAACCUCUCUUUCCUGGACCUCUGCUACACCACCAGUGUUGGCCCCCAGAUGCUGGUGAAUUUCCGAGGCACUCACAAAUCCAUCUCUUGGGCUGGCUGCGUGGCCCAGCUCUACAUCUCCCUCUCACUGGGUUGCACCGAGUGCCUCCUGCUGGCCAUCAUGGCCUAUGACCGCUAUGCCGCCAUCUGCCAGCCACUGCGCUACAUGGCCAUCAUGAGCCACCGCCUCUGCCUGCAGCUGGCGGCCACCGCCUGGUUGUGCGGCUUCGGCAACUCCACGCUGCAGACCAUCCGGACCCUGAGGCUACCCCGGUGUGGGCGGAACCAAAUCGAUAACCUAUUCUGCGAGGUGCCGGCCCUGCUCAAACUGGCAUGUGUCGACACCUCUGCCAAUGAGGCCGAGCUCCUCGCAGGCGCCAUGAUUUACCUGCUGGUCCCACUGGGCUUCAUCCUGAUAACCUAUGGCUACAUAGGCGCCGCCGUGCUGAAGAUUCGCUCAGUGAAAGGCAGGCUCAAGGCCUUCAACACCUGUGCCUCCCACCUGGCCGUAGUGUUGAUCUUUUAUGGCACGGGCAUUUCCAUGUAUCUACAGCCUCCAUCCACCUACUCUCAGCAGCGGGGCAAAAUAGUAGCCCUCUUCUACACCAUGGUGGCCCCCAUGCUCAACCCCCUCAUCUACACUCUGAGGAACAAGGAGGUGCACAGGGCGCUGCAGAGGGCACUGAGGAGAAACAUGACCGCCCAGGGGGUCUGA